AUGACCUUGUUGCACUUUUACGUAUUUGCUUUCUUCUGUCUCACAGCAAAAGCGACUAAACCAUACUUCAAGUUGUUAAAAUCAAAAUCGUUACUUGUUGGCUCGCUCACUGAGAGUGAAGGGGCAAGAUUCUUGGAGCUCAUCAGGGGAGCGAAGGACCGACGCGCUCCAUCCAUAAAUGCAACAUUACUUCGAGAAAUUUUGGGGAAGUGGUACGAAGCGGAUUUAAUGUCGGAAACGCAGCCAAAUGGGGCGUGGUUGAAAAAGAGAAACAAAUUGGAAAAAGGCGCUCAGUUUGCCUCUUUCAAAGAAAACAAAGAAGCGAGUGAAGACCUUUGGAAAUUUUUCCAAAAUAAAGGAAUUUAUCUUAACACUUCGCAAUUUGAAGAUGUUCGCUAUUUUCUAUGGAAUAUAACCCGCUGCAAAGCCGAACCAUUUUGGCAAGACCUUGGCCGUAACGUGUGGCCACGAUUCGUUAACUUUGGCAAAUGCUCUUUUACAAAUAACAUAAAGCAAUGCAAGGUCAGGGGUAAGAAGAAAAUAAGGUUGUUGUACUGGGUAUGCCCGAAAAGUUUGUCCAAGAAGAAAUGUUAUUGGGCUUUCUUUGAGACUAAAGUCAUCCGUUCUUGCGGUUGCUCUUGUUAG